AAUAGACGGACGGUAGAGUAUACGCAUCUGGAGAAUGAACACCGAUCUGCCCAGCUUCAAUAUCAGACCGAAGAGACAACUCCAAACCAGCUCACUCUGAAGACACCUUAAGGCCUAGCAUAUAUUCACAAGAGCAAAGCAAUGGGGAGAAAGAAAAUACAGAUCUCACGCAUUAUGGACCAACGAAACCGACAGGUGACGUUCACCAAACGCAAGUUUGGUUUGAUGAAAAAGGCCUACGAGCUGAGCGUGCUGUGCGACUGUGAGAUCGCCCUCAUCAUCUUCAACAGCACUAACCGCCUGUUCCAGUACGCUAGCACUGACAUGGACAAGGUCCUUCUCAAAUACACCGAGUACAGUGAGCCUCACGAGAGCAGGACCAACACAGACAUCUUGGAGACCCUGCGGAGGAAAGGCCUGGGACUAGAGGCAGCCGACCUGGACCAUGAGGAGAGCAUGCAGGUGGGAGGGGAGAAGUAUCAGCUCAACGAGGGCAUGGACCUCUCUGUGGCACGCCAGCGCUUUUACGCCCCCUCUCUCCUCCCAGCAGAGGCCCAGGUGCUGAUGAACUCCGGCUGUGAGAACGGAUACCCCAACGUCUCCAACUCCGGCCUAGGGCCACACCGGGCCCCUGUCUUCAAGCCUCUCGGCCCCAGACCUGGCACCACCAGCCCUGCUGGUCCAGCAACCCAUCCGGGUUUCAUGACACCGCACACAGGCAUCGGCUACUCCAUGUUCUCCCAUGGCAACCUGAGCAGGGCUCUCGAGAUGAAGUCGCCGCCCCCUCUGAACCUUGGCAGUGAGGGUCGUCGCAUGGAGGCCCCACCCAGCACUCGCUCCAACCUGACCAACAGAGUGGUCUACCACAGCAUGCAGCCUGGGAAUCACAUGGUGUCCAUGGGCAAGACGGGCCUUCUAGGGCACGGCCUGGCAGGAUACGGACCCUCUGAAUACUCCCGUCAAGGUUUCCCUCAGUCUAUGAGUAUACAGCGUGGUGCCAUGAACCCCUGGCCGCCAAUACAACAGCACGAAUCGCACUUGCCGCACAUCAGCCAAGGCAUGUCUGUGGGAGGGUACUCCCAAACCCCCACACCCCCGUCUCCCUCCACCUCCUCACUCAACCUCAGCAUCAAAUCAGAGCGCGCCUCCCCUGAGCACAUCAGCUGUCCGACCACACCCACGCCACACCACAUGGGGCCCCGCUCACCAAUCAGCGCCCACCCUCCCCACGAGUCCCACCCCUCCGCCAUGGGGAGGGAUGGUGGCUACCCAUCACCACACUGCGUGGCCAGGAGCCUGUCGGAGGAGAAGGGGGACUCUCCUCUCAGGCAGAUAGAGAGCAAUGGUGGGUGGCAGAGAUAACAGUGGGCAGGUAACCCUGCCACCCCCACAACUGCCACAUAUUAAUGUCCACACAGAGUGGGUUAGGCUAAUGGGCUGGUAUUGAUGUGGGUAAUAUUAAACCACAGCAUUCAUUCUGUGAGCACUUGAGGACAGACAUUAGCUUUCCAGUGGUAUUUUUGAAGGUGUGUUGUGUUGAAUGUGGGGUUAAUGAGCCCUGAGGGGUGGAUGCCUCUGAGGGAGAUAUGAGGGACUGCAGAGCCCCACACCAGUGUUCUCGUGAGACCAGUGUGCAGUAAACACCGUAACCAAUGUUUCCAAUACAACUCAGAGCACUGAGUUGAACAUAUACAUUUCUUGUGUGGGUCUCAAAACCGUUUAGUUCUUUUAAUACUUUCAUUGUUUUCAGUGACAAUCAGUGGUAUGCAACAAUGCCUUCCAAAAACAAUGUUUUUCUGUGUGAAAAAAUAAUGUAAUGAUGAUCAGUGUGUUUCUCAGGGAUUUUCCAUAUUCUGAAAUGGUUUAAUCCAGAAUGAGCAUUGUAUAUUUUUCCUCUUUAAAAAAAAAAAAAAAAAAAGAAAUACUAUUUUAUACUCUUGCCUAAAUAAUUAUGUACAAGUACCUGACUAAAGGAAGACCAAAGUUUUGUCUUUUUAGGAUAUGUUUGCAUAAAUACCGCUUUUUUUGUUUUGUGUUAAAUUUAUGUCUGAUGCAAGUUUUUAUCAAUGCGGGAAAUAUACCUUCGAGGGAGAACAUUUAGCUGUUAAACAAACAUGUCGAUGGUGAAGUACGCCCUCUACCGGUAAAGAUAAAAUUCAGACGGUUCCUCACAUUCAAGCUAUUUCAGAGGCCAUACUUGAACCCUGUGCUAUGACGCUUGCAUGCACUUUAAAGUGUAACCUAUUCGUUUUGAGUCACAAUGUUUCACAAUGCAUCGUUUUACUUUGAGUUGUUCCUCUAGUUAAAUGUGCAGCGACUCAGUAUUAUUUUCCUUUUUUCACAGUUAACCUAUACUGUCUGUUUGCAACCCACAAUUUACUAUUCUGUGUUCAGUCUGGAGGGAAUUUAAUGAAACGUUCACGCAAAAAUGUUGAGAAUCGCAAAAUGAAACCUCGUCCAGCUUGUCCUGGGUUGAUUGAUUUUCCCUGUAUUUCCCACUAGGGGUCCCCAUAAGGCAGUGCCUAUAACGGGUGAGAAUGAACAGGGGUCUGAUGAUGGGGUAGCCUAUAAUAAGCCUUGAUGUGUGUAUAUUUAUUGUGAGACAGUUUUUCAAUGUCAGAAUGUUGUUUUGCCUAAAUAAAAUCCCUCGUUUUUCUUACAA